UGACAACUAUGGCUGCUGGAAACGAAGUCAACCUUAACGAAUGCAAGAGAAUAGUCCCACUCAACACAUGGGUCCUUAUCUCCAACUUCAAGCUCGCUUACACCCUCCUCCGCCGUCCCGACGGCUCCUUCAACCGUCACCUCGCCGAGUUUCUCGACCGUAAAGUUCCUCCCAACUCCUUCCCCGUCGACGGUGUCUUCUCCUUUGACCACGUCGACACCUCCACCAACCUUCUCACAAGAAUCUACCUACCAGCUCCUCUUGAUCCCUCCCGUUACGGCGCCGUCGACCUUACAAAACCUCUCAGCACCACAGAGAUAGUACCCGUUCUUGUUUUCUUCCACGGAGGUAGCUUCACUCACUCCUCCGCCAACAGCGCCAUCUACGACACUUUCUGCCGACGGUUAGUGAGCAUAUGCGGCGUUGUUGUUGUCUCUGUUGAUUACCGGAGAUCGCCGGAGCAUCGUUACCCUUGUGCUUACGACGAUGGAUGGAGUGCUCUCAAAUGGGUCAAGUCCAGAAUCUGGCUUCAGAGUGGUAAAGACUCCAAAGUUUAUGUUUACUUGGCGGGAGAUAGCUCGGGUGGCAACAUAGCUCAUAAUGUUGCUGUUAGGGCGAGUAAGGAAGGAGUUAAAGUGUUGGGGAACAUUCUUCUUCAUCCUAUGUUUGGUGGGAUGGAGAGGACUCUGUCUGAGAAGAGACUUGAUGGUAAGUACUUUGUGACUAUUCAAGAUCGAGAUUGGUAUUGGAGGGCUUUUUUGCCUCUAGGUGAAGAUAGAGAUCAUCCUGCUUGUAAUCCCUUUGGUCCUCGAGGUCAGAGUCUAGAAGGAGUUAAUUUCCCCAAGAGUCUUGUCGUUGUGGCUGGUUUAGAUCUUGUUCAGGAUUGGCAAUUGGCUUAUGUUCAAGGGCUUCAGAAGACUGGUCAUGAUGUUAACCUUUUGUAUCUGAAGCAGGCUACGAUUGGGUUUUACUUUUUGCCUAAUAAUGACCACUUUCAUUGUCUUAUGGACGAGUUAAGGAGGUUUGUGCAUUCGGUAGAGGAUGAUAGUCUAAGCAAGUCAAGUCCUAUUCUUCUGACUCCAUAG